GUGAACCCCUGCUGGGGGGUCCUCAGGUAGACCGGACCCGCCCUGUGACCCCCAGCUCGAUGGUCCUCAGUCCUGCCCCCCCCACCGAGAUCUUCCCCUGGCCCGACGUCCGACAGCUGCGAUCCAAAUACUGCGACCAGGUCCGGCCCCCCCUAGAGGAUCAGAGGCCUGAGGCGUGUCUGAGGAGGCCCCCCCCAGAGGAUCAGAGGCCUGAGGCGGGUCUGAGGAGGCCCCCCCCAGAGGAUCAGAGGCCUGAGGCGGGUCUGAGGAGGCGCUCCAGCCUGGCUGAAGAAACCUCCAGCAGGAAACCUCUCCAGAGAGCCCGGUCUCUGGACCCCCGGUCUCUGAACACCCGAUCCCUGGACCCCCGGUCCCUGGACCCCCCUCUGAGUGUGGAGCCGCAGACAGAUCGCGGUUCUAACGGCGGGUUCUUCGUGGCAGCCGAGGCUCCGCUGCCCCACGACCCCGAGCACAGGAUCCUGGUCUUGGAGAAGGGGGGGGACGACAGCCUGGUUCAGAGCAGUUCCCCCACCAGCAGGGAGAACAUCUCGAUCAUGGCCGUCAUCGAUCGUUGCCGCGUCUACCAGGAGUCCGAGGAGGAGAAGGACAGAGUGAACCAGAACCAGAACCCUGGCUCAGACCUGGUGAGGGACCUGAGGGCCCGGUUCCAGAGCCUGAGCGAGGGAACCUGAGCGGGUUCAGGACAAGGUCUGCUGUUCAGACCCCCAGCUCCUCCCCUUCUGCGAUAUUAAAGGAUUGUAAUUAUUAACGUAUAUUUGUUAUUUAAAGCAAAACUUUAUAUAAAACCAACACGAUGUCUUCCUCCGGCCCGUUCUGGUCCCUGGUCCACAGAGACCUGGGUCACAUGUUACUGACUCCUCCACUAGCACACACCUGCUGUCCUGGCGCUCCCAUUGGUCCGUCUCAGACUGACCCAGCCCACAAGCGCUCCCACUGGUCCGUCUCAGACUGACCCAGCCCACAAGCGCUCCCAUUGGUCCGUCUCGGGCUGACCCGGCUCACCAGCGCUCCCAUUGGUCCAGGAUAUAUGAAUAUAUGAUGUAAUGUUUGUCUUCAUUAUAUGUUGUUCUAUUUAUAAACCCUAUAAUAAAGUGCACUCUCUAAA